GGAAAGGGAAGAACGAUUGAGGAGGAGGUGAAGGGGUUGAGGAAGGGGAAGAACGAUUGAGGAGGGGGUGAAGGGGUUGAGGAAGGGGAAGAACGAUUGAGGAGGCGGGAGAACGGCCUGGGAGAGGAGCCCGCCCGCCCCCCUCGAUGCCCGCCUUCGUCGCAUGGUGCCUCUCAGCAGCUCAACUUUUCGACCUUUUCCAUUAAAAUCUUCCUGCUUCAGGACAGCGAGGUGGUGGUCAGGAGAGUGGGGCUGGUUGGGUGCUUCCCAGAGAGAUAUCCUUUCUGAGAGGGCUAACAGGGAGAUGGCUCACCCCGCAAGCCUCUCUGCAUCUUACAGACUUGAGUUUUGCUUCACGGGAGUGAUUGCAAAUAUUCAAAGAGCCGCUUGUUAAAUUAUUUUUGGGAUAGGAUCCACCAUGCUCCUGUCCCAUCAUGGACUACGUUUUGGUUUGGGGUCCAGUGAUGCUCUUUUUAAAUGGAGUUCAGAUACGUUUCUUCAGGUAGUGAAGAGGGAAGGGAAGGUAAAACAUUUUAGUGUAAGGAAAGGUACUUUUGUGAACUGUUCCUUAGAGGAAAGGAGAACAUUUCUUGUGUUGCCAUGUCUGAAGAUGCUUUAUUGGAAGAGGACAUUUGGGAGUACAAAUCCAUUAGGAAAGAAAAGCAUCAGACUAAUUCAGGGAGUGUCUCUACACCCACAAAGAAAGUAUGUGAUGGGAAGUGCAGGCCAAAAAGAAAGAGAAAUAGAAAAAAAAAAUCUGUAGAAAAAACUGAGGCGUUUCAGAAAGAAGAGCAGACAUUAAGGCCGAAUCAGAAUGGAGAUCAGUGUAAAGAUGACAUAAGCGUCCACUCCCAGGAAAGCGCAGGUAGCCUGACGGAACAGAGCUCACAAAAUGCAAAGCCUGUUCAGGAUGGAUACUGUCCGAGCUGCCAGAUGCCCUUCUCUUUGCUGUUGGUCCAGACACCUCGAUGGCAUGUUGCUGAAUGUUUGGAUUCUCCAGGAUCCAUUGAAAAAGAGUGCCCUGAUGGUUUACUUUGCACUUCUACCAUUCCAUCCCACUACAAGCGUUACAGCCAUUUUCUCCUUGCAGCAAGCAGGGCAGGAGAUUACCUUGUGAACUCCUCAGCAAACGCUUUGGAGGGGAAGAUGACGUGUUCUACUGCUGCAAAGCCCAGUUGUUCCUCAAGUCAUGUAGAGGAGGAAGUCUCAUGGGAUGAGAAACCAUCUAAUAAUGUAAAAAAUCUCCUGAAUGAUGACUCUACACUGAUGGCGCAGAGUUCACCGCAAAUGAAGUCUCUGAAUAUAAUCGGUGAAAGUACUUCCUCUUUUACAGAUGUUCAAGAGCCUCAAAAGACAUUUCAGCUUACACAGACCACAGAUAAUAGUUAUGAAUUUGAAUUUUAUGACUUUGCAUUCUCUCAAGAAAGUGAAACAGAACAAGAUCUGUGUAGUCAGAAAGAUAGAAAUCAGCCAAGUCUACUACAAUCAAAAGCAGACUUCAGUGACUGUGAAAUUUCUUAUUCUCCUCUGAGUACUGUUGAGGAAAGUGAAGAGGAAACUGAGGAAGAAGAGAAGAAAGUAAAAAUUUCACAAAAUAGGUUAUUGAAAGUCCAGAACCUUGAAGGUGAAGAAUCUGAUUCUGUGGCAUAUAAAACAUUUGAUGGACCUCUCUUACAGCAGAAGCCUCAGUAUAAGCAUAGUGAAAUAGGAAAUUUCAUAAUUAAAAAAAACUACUGUGAGAAAGUAAAUACAUUGGACCAUUUAAGUCAUAGCAUCAAAGCUGUUUCUCAGAGUCACAUGAACAGCAGGUUCUGUAACUCAACAGGUGUAGAUAAGCAGCAUCAGGAAGAGGUGCUAGCGGGUGGAUCCUCUUUUCCGUUUAAUUGUGAGGAAGUUAAAGAGUCAGAAUUGAUUUCCUCUGCUGCUAAAGUAGGUAACACAGAGUCAGAAGAUCUUGGUCGUUGUGCUUUGGAUUCUGCAUAUGUGAGUUUUACUGAUACAUCAUCACUGCUUGUCAGAGAAGCUGCUGGAUCUCUUUUGAGACAGAAAAGUAAAGUUUUGAGUGACCCGAGUGACAUUUUAACUAAUACAGACAAAACUACUGCCAAUGCAAUUCAAAAAACAACUUGUGAGGGGGAUUUGCAGUCAGUAGUGGAGAAAGCAGGAAAUCUUACUUCAGCUGCUGUGUGCUUUCACAGUCCCAUCUCUACAACAGUGUCAUCUCUUUCUUCAGCAAGUAUGAAUGCCAAAUUCAGUUCUGCCAAGGAACUCAAACAAAUGGACAUUGGUGUUUUCUUUGGGUUAAAACCCAAAGUAAAAGAGGAAAGCAAAGGACAGGCUCCUUUGAGUGAAGGAAAGCAGAUAACAAGUUCUUUAACUCCCAAUGGAAAGAGGCCCAGACAGCAAAAAAGGAAAGCUGAAGGGUCUGUGGAAGAUGUAGAUGCAGUUACAGAAAGUUUAAGUCAAAACGGAGCCGUUUCAGAUGUAAGUUCUGGUCACCAGCGAAGGUGGAGAAAAAAGUUUAAAGAAUCACCUACUACAGAUGAAGGAACAAGAAAGAAACACUGCCCUUUCUACAAGAAAAUACCAGGAACUGGUUUUACAGUUGAUGCCUUCCAGUAUGGAGAAAUUGAAGGCUGCACAGCUUAUUUCCUUACUCAUUUUCACUCUGAUCACUAUUGUGGGCUAACAAAAAACUUCACAUUUCCAAUCUACUGUAAUAAGAUAACUGGCAACCUGGUGAAGAGCAAACUUCGAGUCAAAGAGCAGUACAUCCACGUGCUGCCGAUGGACACAGAAUGUGUAGUGAAUGGGAUCAAGGUGCUGUUGCUCGAUGCCAAUCAUUGCCCAGGUGCAUCAAUGAUACUUUUCUGUCUGCCCAGUGGAGCUGUUAUUCUGCACACAGGAGACUUCAGGGCAGAUCCUUCCAUGGAGCGCUACCCUGCUUUAGUUGGUCAACAAGUCCAUACCCUUUACCUUGAUACCACAUACUGUAGUCCUGAAUACACUUUUCCCUCUCAACAAGAGGUUAUCCAGUUUGCUGUCAAUACUGCCUUUGAGACAGUGACCUUAAACCCACGUACUCUAGUUGUCUGUGGCACCUAUUCUAUUGGAAAAGAAAAAGUCUUUUUAGCAAUUGCUGAAGUUCUAGGCUCCAAAGCAAGUAUGUCCCGUGAUAAGUACAAAACACUGCAGUGCUUGGAGUCAACAGCUGUUAAUUCCCUCAUCAGUGUGGACUGGGGUGGUACUUUGCUUCAUGUUCUUCCUAUGAUGCAAAUUAAUUUUAAGGGCUUGCAAGAUCACUUGAAUAAGUUUUCUGAACAUUUUGAUCAAGUUCUGGCUUUCAGACCUACUGGGUGGACGUAUUCUGAUUCAUGCCUGUCUCUGGUGGACAUCAAACCCCAGACAAGAGGAAAGAUCACCAUAUAUGGGAUUCCUUACAGUGAACACAGCAGUUACCUGGAAAUGAAGCGUUUUGUUCAAUGGUUGAAGCCACAGAAGAUCAUCCCCACUGUCAAUGUUGGUGACUGGCGAGCUAGAAGCUUGAUGGAGAAGCAUUUUAGAGACUGGAUGAUUGAGGGCAGUAGGCAUAAAUAAAUGUAAGGAAGAAUGUGUAUUUCAAAGGAGGUAGGCUGGAAUGGGAUUUGGGAGUUGAUGUGAGUUUUAUUUAACUCCUUUUUCCAUGGAGCUUUCUUUAGGGAGGACUAAGCUGCCAUUCUCCUGAGAAACCUAAAUUUAAAAAAAAAAUAUAGGCACUUUACUUUCUCGUGUUCCUGCUACUUAUUUUUCCCAUAACUUAAUAACUUGUUUAAAAACUUGUAUUUUGGGUUAUUUUUAUCUUACUCCUUUUUCCUGCUUCUUAUUUUAACUCAGAUUAUGGAGAUGCCCAGAUUUAUAUUGCUGGGGGAAAACUGUCUCCAGGAUAACCAUAUCUGAAAAGAAGUUAUUGUAAUAAACAAGAUGAUAUUAAUCUGGUGAAACAUACUGUCAAUUCUGGCUUCAGAGAAGCUUUUUUUCUUGAGGCAGAACUGGCUAUUGUGAGUUAAAUCUUGCCAACAAAAUUUAUCUCGUAAAUGAGGGUUGGCUCAGGCUCUUGCACCACGCUUACUCUGGAAAAUGAUUGUUGUAAAAGACAUUGCUACCUAUGUUCAGCUCAAGAUUUUCUGGUUUUUAUUGUUUUUAAAUAAAGAACCUACAUGAAUCCUUUCUAAGUUAGAGCAAAAUGCAUUUCUUUUCAGUACUGUAGCGGCUAAUCUGAGAAACCGAUCAGUAAUGUCUUUGGUGAACGUUCUGUGUCUGUUGAUUGCGCAAGAUCGCGUCUGCGUGCUGGUAGUGCAAAUUCUCAGCACAUGGUCGAAGAACAGAAGUAGUUCCACUCCACGUAGCCUUCUACAAUGCAUUUUUAGGGUUGUGUAUGCUGGCUUGUUACUUGAACUCUGGAAAAACAAGAAAGGCAAAUAUUAGUACUGGCAGCAGUAAGGUAAGUUUUUCUUUGCAAUUUUUCCCCUCAAUCCUACCGGAUUAUCAGUGCUGCUUUUUCUGUAUCUGCUGGUUAUUUAUGACACUGAAGUAUGUGGUUGCAUGCA